GUCUAAUUGAUGACAACAGGUGAAAGAUGUUAUGUUAUUUACAUUGCAGUAAGUUCAGUAAGUUCAUGCAUAUUUGACAAACAAACCAUGUCAUCUGAAUGAAUGUUUGACAUUCUCCUCCUCAGUGUGUCCACUCCCACAGAGGGCGUCACACAUUGCAGAAAGAAGAGGAUAAGGGACUCUGAACUGAACUCCCAUGGGUGACAUAUCUAAACUGGAAUUAUUUCACAAGAAACAAGGAGGAAAAAUACAGAUGUCUUGAGCCAACCAAAUCCAAAAUAAAUAUGAUCUGAAUUUCCUGUUGACUGCCAGGAAAUGCCACUAUUUGGGACUAAUACUGUUUAUUUUUCCGACCUUUGACACAUUUGUUCUUAUCAUUGAUGAAAUCCACAUUGUUAAUCUGCGCUUUGGGAACCUGUUUGUGACUCAUUCUCUGCUGGUAUCCGUGCUGUCCCUCCUCCAGCAGCAGGACUGCAGGACUUCAUUCCGGUAAUCGGUGCGUAUGGAGACCAUAAUAAGUUCUGCGUCUUUUGCGCGCAGCAGCUCCAUGUCUUUGGAUCGGAUCCUAAAAUAACUCAGACACAACAACAGACACUACUUCUACCUCUGUCUGUUUGGACAUAAAACAUGCGAACGCUUAAAUCUUGGGUGUCUCAGUCGGUGCCACACAAACUCAAACAUUGAGACGCGUCUCUCCAGCCGAGCGCACCUCACUCUUCCUCCUCUUCCAGCAGCAGCAGCAGCAUCAGCGAUCAUCAUCAUGCCUAACGGACUCUACAUCGGUAUGGAGGUGGUGAUCGCCGUGUCGUCGGUGAUCGGUAACGUGAUGGUGGUGUGGGCUGUGCGUAUUAACCGCUCUCUGAGAGACACCACGUUUUGUUUCAUCGUCUCCUUGGCCUUGGCUGACAUUGCAGUGGGAGCUCUGGUCAUCCCUCUCGCCAUCGCGGUCCACAUGGAGUUCCAGGCGCACUUCUACAGCUGCCUGCUGGUCGCCUGCACGAUGCUCGUGCUCACUCAGAGCUCCAUCCUGGCGCUGCUGGCCAUCGCCAUCGACCGAUACCUGAGAGUCAAGAUACCCAUGAGCUACAAGCGGGUGGUGACCCCUCGGCGAGCUGGCACGGCCGUGUUAUUAUGUUGGCUGGUGUCCAUCAUAGUGGGCCUCACGCCCAUGUUGGGUUGGAAUAACCUGCAGUUACUCCGCGACAAUGGCUCCCUGAUCACCGAUGACCUCUUGGUGACCUGUGAGUUUGAGACAGUCGUCAGCAUGGACUACAUGGUCUACUUCAACUUCUUCGGCUGGGUGCUGCCCCCUCUUCUCCUCAUGCUGGCCAUCUAUGUGGAGAUUUUCUACAUGAUCCACAAGCAGCUCAACAAGAAGGUGACAGCUAGCCACACAGACCCCAGUCGUUACUAUGGAAAGGAGCUCAAGCUAGCCAAGUCGCUCGCCCUCGUUCUUUUCCUCUUCGCGGUCAGCUGGCUCCCUCUACACAUCCUCAACUGCAUCACCCUCUUUUGCCCUACCUGUGACAAGCCGAUGUUCCUCAUUUACAUCGCCAUCAUCCUCACCCACGGCAACUCGGCCGUCAACCCCAUCGUGUACGCUUUCCGCAUCAAGAAAUUCCGCACAGCGUUCCGGAAAAUCUGGAAACAGUACUUUCUUUGUCAGGAUCCAGUCGGUCGGCUUCCUCAAAGAGGGAGCCAGAGAGGACAGAGCCAUGAGAGGAGGCUGAGGCAGAACGAUGACGAUGAUGAUGAUGUGUGACCCUUGGCAACUAAUUGGAUUGCUGUGUAACUGUUAAGUUUCACUCCACUGAUUCACAGAAUGGGAAAGACUCUGGCUUUAUUUUCACGCUUGAGGGAUUACUGGUCGAAACAGCCUUAAUGGCAUCGCAGAAUGUCAAAGGGAUGAAAGAGAUGAGGGAACUCCAUCGUGGACUGACUGAUUUCCUCCAUCCAACACACCCUCAGAGGGCAGGAUGACCAAUCAGCAUGGAGACGGGAUAAACAUCCUAUAUCAGACUUUGAUUUAAAUAAUGUUUAUUUCUCCACUGGCUAACAAAAUGAAGAUGUUGCCGUACAAGUUAAGGGGCUUCUCAUCAGUUUUCAGCACCAACCUGUUGAACUUGAAUCAGUAAGUGUAUAUCUGUAGCACAUGCGGUACAAGAGUAGUGUAUGCUGAAUUGUAUCUUUUGACCUGAAUUAAAACUCAUGGCCUUUUUUAUGUGAAUGAUCUCAAAAAGUUAAGCAUCGUAUUAUGGGCUACAUUUAUAGUACAUGCUUAGUUCUGUGGCCUUAAGGACAGAAAAUCCAAUGAAGAGGAACUAAGACAUUGUGUUGAUAGUGUGAAUCUGGUGGUGGGCAAGCAGGAAGUUUGCGCAACCAGCUUGGUGCUUUGACCAGUACACAGGAUGUGCUGUAUGCUGGCUGGAUGGAUGAAAAAAAGUAGAACUGACUCACUUGGAAUUAAAACCCAGGACCUCUUUGUGCGAUGAGCGUCUGGUUUGAGUUGCGCAGUAACUCAUGAGACUCACUGCCCAUUCAGAUGUGUGGUGCAAUCCAACGCAUGUGAAGGCUGUUUUUGAUGCUCUUGAGACCAUUUGACUGACAGAAUGACUAAUACUAGCUAAUAGUUGUAAAAAGAGCAUCCAUGCUACAAGAAAAAUUACUUCAUGCUCCUCUUCAAAUAUUUGUGGACAUGGACAACGGUUAAAAACUGUGGAGACACCUAUUGGUAACUUUAUAUCUAUAGCUGCAGGACUGUGAAUCUAAGGAAUGUUGGAGCUUGUAUAUUCAAUAAGCUUCAUUUGAUCUGGGUGAUACUAAUUUUUAACUCUGUAAUGUACCUCUACUGUGCAUUUAUCACCAGGCCUUUUCCACUAUUAGCAGGUGUUUUCAGUUAUCUUUUCACUUUCCCCCGAUUCGUGAUGGAGUUUGUUAUACCAAUGUAGCGUCAUCACAUCCUCUCUGUUGUUUCUGUUAGUAAACUGACCAGUGUUGUCCUUUAAAGGAACAGUGUGUAAGAAUUCAGGGAUCUAUUAGCAGAAAUGGAAUAUAAUAUUCAUUACUACGUUUUCAUUAGUGUGUAAUCACAUGAAACUAAGAGUCGUUGUGUUUUCGUUAGC